CAGCUGCACCGGGUUGUGCAAAUAAACUAGAUGUAACACGUUUGAAACAUUACAUCAACAACUUUUUGUCUCGAUUAUCAUAUUGUCUUAAUCUAUCGUCCGUGUCACUUCCGAUUGCCAUUAAUUGCUUUCGCUAUCAGAUUCUGUACAAUUAAACCAAACGACUGCUGAAAAUAGUCCGUCCACUAAAAAAAUAUCAUGUCUUCAAUUUGGCAUUGGAAUUUUUGUUGAAGUCAAAGAUACUUAUAUUCCUUCACAAUAUGAACCUCAAUAACGCCAUGCAAUUUGUGUAUUUGUUUUAACCAUGAAAACAUGACAGAAACCGCCGAAUCAGUAUCAGAACAAAAACCAUUCGAUCCAUUUAUUCCAUGGGGUUUUCCAAAUGAAUUAAAUUUAUGUAAAGCAGCACGUCAUGCUGAUAUAAAAGCUGUAAGCAAAUGUAUUGCAAAUGGAGUGAAUAUAAACUUUAUUGAUGGUUUUGGUAAAACAGCAUUACACUAUGCAGCCGCAAAUGGAAGUUAUGAAUCAGUGAAACUACUUGUCGCUAAUAAAGCGAAUGUAAAUAUAUGGGAUUCAAAUGGAACUACACCAUUACAUAUGGCCGCUAAAGGAAAUCAUACAAGAGUAGUGAAAUUCCUACUUAUGUCUGGGGCAGAUAUUAAUCAUCAAUGUAUUAGUGGUGUCAAACCAAUCGACUUAGCAAUUUACAAUUCCGAAACUUGGAAAGUUUUAUUGGACGCUGCAAACGGCGAUCUACCCAAAAUUGAACAUUUAAUACAAACACGUACAGUUCCUUUAAUUCCCCAAUUUACAAUACAACGAGAAAUUGAUAAACAAGCUAAGGCGAAUGAAAAGAAAGGUGGAACGAAGAAAAGUGGAAAGAAGAGUGGAAAAAAAAGUGGUAAAGGCAAAAAGAAGAAAUGAUCAAUUUGUCCAAGAUUAUGUGAAAAUUUAAAGUACUUCUACUGUCUUGCUUACAUUCAUACAUACAUUAUAUACCUGUACAAUAUGGUAUACAUAUUAAUAAAAUCUAUUAUUACAA